AUGGCGCCGCCGGCCAGCACCGACGAGCCCGCGCGCCACAAGAAGGCCAAGAAAUCCAAGCUCGACAACGAAGAGAAGAAGCAAAAGAAGACGGACAAGGCGCGCGCCGCCACAGAGGGCGCCCCGGUCCCCGACGCCGCCGAGCGCAAGAAGCGCAAGCACAACGACGGGCGCGAGGAGAAGCGGGACGGCAAGAAGUCCAAGAAGGACCGGAAGCCCGGGGAAAGGGAGCGGAAGCCGAGGCAGCCGAGGGGAGGGACGAGAAGGUGA